AUGUGUCGCCAGAUACUGACAACCACCGCCCUGCUGGCAGUAUUUCUGUCUGGAUGUCUCGCCGCCCCGGCAGAGCAAUCCCCCGUUCAAGAACACAUUUUCAAAAAGCCCAUCGCGGAGUUCCCAGCCGUCGGACUAGGCCUGUGGAACGCUAAAGAAAAAGACGCCAGCAACGCCGUGCAAUAUGGCUUCAAGGCCGGCUACGCCCACUUCGACUCGGCCGCCGCCUACAGCAACGAAGCAUACGUCGGCAGCGCGCUCAACUCCAGCGCCUCCCCACCACGACACAAAUACUGGGUCACCAGCAAACUAUGGAAUGACCAUCAUCAGCCGAAGCUCGUACGGCCGGCACUCGAAAAGACGCUCAAGGAUCUCCAAAUCCCGUAUCUCGACUUGUACCUGAUGCACUGGCCUGUGGCCUUCCUGCCGGACCAAGAGGACGGUCGCACGGUGAUUGACCAAGACACUACUAUCCACGACACAUGGUCCGCCAUGGAAGACCUCGUGCGGGCCAAUCUAACGCGCUACAUCGGGGUUAGCAAUUUCUCGCCCCGCCAACUUGACGAUCUGCUGGCCAAGGCUGAGAUUAGACCGUUCGCGCACGAGUUCGAGACACAUCCAUAUCUCCAACAGCUGGAGUUUGCGGAUUGGCAUUUGCGAAACAAUAUCACGGUCAUUGCAUACUCGCCGCUCGCGAACAUGAAUCCUACGUACGACAACAAAUACCCUGACCUGCCGCCAAUCUUGAAGGACCCAUUCUGGACGGAUCUCGCGAGCAAGAAGAAUGUGACACCUGCGCAGGCGAUCCUCGCGUGGGGACGGCAACGGGGCACAAUAGUCAUCCCGAAAAGCGUCCAUGAAGGCAGGAUCGUAGAGAAUCUGGGCAGUUUGAACGUGAGUUUUACCGAGAAGGAAAUGAGGUUGAUCGCGGAACAAGACAAGAGAACGAGAUUCAAUAAUCCGAGCAAGGGCUGGGGUGUUGAGUUGUUUGAGGGUUUGGAUGAUGGGACGAACCGUUUUAUGGCGCAGCAGGAGCUCUAG